AUGGUCGCCAACUGGGAAACUCUUGCUAAAGCUAAGAGAGAAGCGAUACUGAACUCAAUCCCUGAGAAAUGGCGACUCGAAAAGAUCCCCAGCCCUGAGGAGCAAAAAGACGUCACUGGCUCCUACAUUCAGCAAUUCCUAGAUGAGAAAGAAAUCGUAAUCACCGAAACAGACGCGGUCGGCAUCGCCGAGAAGGUCGCAGCCGGUGAAUGGUCCGCGGUCGAUGUCACACAAGCUUUCUGCCACAGGGCUUCUUUGGCUCAUCAGUUGGUGAACUGUCUGCACGAGACUUUCUUUGAUGCUGCUCUGGAGUCCGCCAAAUCACUUGACGAGUACUUUGCGAAGAAUAAAAAGACAGUUGGGCCUCUCCACGGAGUCCCUGUCUCUCUGAAAGAUCAGUUCCAUGUUAAGGAUGUCGAAACUACGAUGGGAUAUGUCGGCUGGAUAGGGACUUUUGAAGGCAAUGCAGCUGAUUCACGCAGAGGCCAAUAUGAAAGCAUAAUGGUCACAGAACUCCGAGCCCUCGGUGCAGUGCUUUACUGCAAAACCAGCGUCCCACAUACUUUGAUGAGUGGUGAGACUGUCAACAACAUCAUUGGCUAUACCUGGAAUCCCAAGAAUCGAUAUCUCUGCUCCGGUGGUAGCUCUGGGGGCGAAGGAGCGCUGAUCUCACUGAGGGGAUCUCCAGGCGGAUUUGGUACGGACAUCGGAGGCUCAAUCCGUAUUCCUGCCGCGUUCAAUGGGCUUUAUGGUAUUCGGCCCUCGUUUGGGAGGUUGCCGUACGAAGGAAUGGCCAACAGCAUGGAUGGGCAGAACAGUAUCUUGUCGGUUGUCGGCCCGCUGGCCACUACCGCUCGUUCUGUCCGACUGCUCACAAAAGCUAUCCUCUCACAACAGCCCUGGCUUCAUGAUCCCUUGGUCAUCGACAUGCCAUGGCGUGAUGCCCAAGAGCAAGCGAUCCACGAUAUUGUCAAAUCUUCUUCGCAGGGAGGUCGACUGAGCUUUGGAGUAUUGGAAACGGAUGGCAUUGUGAACCCUCUCCCUCCCGUUGCUCGAGCGGUGUCUAUGCUCACCGAGGCUCUUAGCAAGGCGGGACACCAGGUCAUCGAGUGGAAGCCACCUUCACACCAGACAAUAUUGGACAUAACAUUCAUGACAUGGGCUUAUGAUGGUGGAAAGGACGUACACAGUGCCUUCGCACUUUCUGGCGAGCCUAUGUCUCCUCAAAUUAAAAUGAGCUUCGGUGAUGGGCCGAAGCAGGAACUGACCGCCUCACAGAUCGCCGCUAACAAUAUUGCGAAGCGGAAAUACCAGAAACAAUACAUGGAUUAUUGGAAUAGCACUGCGCAACUGACGAACACGGGUCGACCUGUGGAUGGUUUCAUUUGCCCUCUUGCGCCUUACCCGGCUGCGAGACCAGAAUUAUAUAAGUAUUACGGAUACAGUGUGUUUGUCAAUGGGCUUGACUACACAAGCGUUGUCGUACCGGUUACCAUCGCGGAUAAAGCGACCGAUAAGUAUGUGGAAGGAUAUACACCACUCAAUGAUCAAGACAAGGAGGCUUUCGAGGCUUAUGAUGCCGACUUGUACGACGGCGCUCACGUUAGCGUGCAGAUUGUCGGGCGGAGGUUUACAGAAGAGAAGAUGUUGGCAAUUGCAGAGUAUGUCGGCAGCUUGGUCGGGAAAUAG